AUGGCUACUACGCGUAUCGUAGAGCUCGCUACUCAAGUCGCUGAAAAUACGAAGAGGGUCGACGAGCUGCAUUUCAUCGUACAAGAUCUCCCUAACGUUAUCGAAAGUGCCAAAUUGAAGCUUGAUGCUAGUAUCGCGGAUCGUGUGACAUUUCAAGGGUGUGACUUCUUCACUCCGCAAACCGUGGUCGCCGAUGCAUAUCUAUUCCGCUGGAUCUUCCACAUCUGGCCUGAUAAGUAUGUUGUCGCUAUUCUGCGCACCCUUUUUCCGGUGAUGAAAACUGGCGCUCGGGUCAUUGUGAAUGAGCUUUUGAAUCCGCCUUCGGAUUCUGUUUCACUUUCCAGUGAACGUUCUCUCGAUAUGAUUAUGCUGAGUAUGCAUAAUUCUAGAGAGCGAAAAGCGCAAGAGUGGCAGGAUCUUUUCCUUGAAGCUGAUCCUCGUUUUGGGGGUUUGAAGAUUUUGAAACCGAUUGGAGCAUCCCUUGCUAUCAUUGAGGCUAUCUGGCAAGAAUAA